CUCUCUCUCUCUCUCACACGGCGUUGGACGCGCUCCACACUUCUUCAAAGUAUUUCCGCGUUCGCCUGAGGCAGCAGUUGAAGCGCACGGAAUCCCGGUCGGCGGGGGGGUUUGGACCACGACUGACGCCGCUGACUGUAACCCCCGCGCGGCUCAUCAGCGGGACGCUGAGCCACAGUCGAACAGGGUCUCCAGGAGAGCCCGGACCCCGGACUCGGAUCCCCACGGUCACGCAGCUCCUCCGGCUGGUCUCCAGGAGAAACCGGACUCGGACCCCGGACGUCCCCGGGCCGUGCGGUGGUGGGACCUCCGUGCUCUGAUGUGCUCGGUGAGAGGGGAGGAUGGCCAUGGUUCUCCUCGCCUCGUUGGUCGCAGUCCUUCUCCCGGCGAUAGGCGCGGGCCUCCAGAUCCAGUGCUACCAGUGCGAGGAGGCGGCGCAUGACUGCUCCCUGCCGGACUACGUGGUGAACUGCACCGUGAACGUCCAGGACACGUGUCAGCAGGAGGUGCUCGUGACACCGGACGGUGUGCACUACCGUAAGUCGUGUGCGUCGUCGGGGGCGUGUCUCAUCUCGUCGUCGGGCUACCAGCAGUUCUGCACGGGGCGCCUGCACUCGGUCUGCAUCAGCUGCUGCUCCCAGCCGCUGUGCAACGGGCCGCGCCGGAGGCGGAGCCAGCCCCCCGCCAGCUGCGGCCCCGCCCCCCGCCUCUGGCGCCCCGCCCCCUUCUGCAGGCUCCUCCCACUCCUCCUGCUCCUGAUGUUGGGGGAGGGGCUGGUGUAG